AUGACAACCAACUGCUCAGCAACUAUCGACCUGAGUCAGCUCGACCAGCUUCUCCUGACGACGUAUAUUCUCCCGGGAGCAGCCCGUGAGGCCAAUAUACCUGCCAAGGUACGGGACGGCCUUUUGCAAAACAAAUCUACGUCAACACCACCUUCACCCGAGAUCCUCGAACCCGCCGUGAGAAGCAUUCGCGACCUAAUGGAGGAUACAAUUUUCGUUUCAUUCCUAAACAGCCCCUCCACAUACCUUUACGAAUGA